CAUUUUAAAUUAGAUAUAUAAACAAUGAAGUGGACUACGGCAAAUGUCAGGCAUGCAAACUACACGGCGAAGCACGAAUUGUUUGUGGGAACACACACGGGCUCCUUUAAACACCUGGUUCCUGCCUCGGAAAAUACCCCAUAUAGACAAAGUAACUUGAGCGACCUGGCAGCCCUGGAUAAAGACUCCCGCGUCACAGCACUGGCCUUCAGCAACGAAGCUGCUACGGAAAUUUUGCUCGGGAGGGCGAAGAAUACCGCGGAAGUGCAUUCCUUUGUACAAGGUGUGAGCUCCAAUAAGGUAGUGACAUUCAACGCCGCACCAAUCGUUGGACUAGCCCGGUACAACGACAAGCUGAUUGCCGGUAUUGGCAAUGGUCAGAUACAGACCAUAUCGCUGGAUACGGAUGAUGAGACUGAGCCUGUGGUCAUCACUACGGGUGACCAAAUUGACCAUUUGCGCCAGUGCCCACAGGUCAGAGGCAUUGUAGCCACAGGUGGAAAGGAGCGGCAGAAUAAUCUAAAGGUCUACGACCUCAGCUCCGAUAGUAAGCAGAUCUUUAGCUCUAAGAAUCUACCCAACGACUAUCUCCAGCUGGAAGUGCCCGUGUGGGACAGCGACAUAGGCUUCGUAGAUGGGCCCAAUGUGUUGGCUACUUGCUCGCGAAUCGGAUACGUUCGUCUCUACGAUACCCGGAAGCAGCGUCGUCCAGUGGCUUGUUUUGCAAGCGAAGAGCACGGAAUGAGUUUUACGACUUUAGUGGCGAGAGGAAAUUUCAUUUACACUGGUACUACGAUGGGCGCAUUAAAGGCCUUCGACACUCGACGCAUGAAAACUCACGUACAUACUUACAAAGGAUUCACCGGAGGAAUCAGUGAUCUUCACUUAGACGUCACCGGACAGUACCUAAGCUCAGCUAGUCUAGACCGAUAUGUUCGCAUCCACCAUUCUGAAUCCACAGUACUGCUCUACCAAUGCUACGUCAAAUCGAAGGCCACCAAGAUCCUCAUUCGUCAGCUAGAAAACGCUUCAGCGGAUCGAAAGCUUGAAGAGGAAGCAGAGGUGGAAAUUGAAAAUAACGUAAAGCCACAAAAAAACAUAAAGGCAACUCAUGUAGAUAAUGAAUACGAGGACUUGUUCAACCAAAUGGCCACUGUGGGUGACAGCGAUAAUGACUCUGAAGGAAAAGGUGGGUCUGCUACUACGCAAUCGGAAGGCAAACUAAAACGAAAGUAUCUAAGACAGUCUUUAAAACCGACAAAAAAAAAAAUGUAAAUAUUUAAAGUGUCUUUAUAAGAAGAGAAAAAAAUAUUUUAUAAAGAUAGAGUUAAAGAAAAUGGUUUACACCCAAGUCGAUUUGGGUCAUCUGAUUUGAUAUUUGCAUACCUAUAACAAAGUGUAUUACAAAACUUAUUGGCGCACAGAAAUUGAACAUGUUGACCGGAGGCUGUAUCUGGUUUUUAAUAUAAUGAAAACCAAGAAAGAAGUAGUAGUACUAGUAGUAAACAGUAUAAAUUUAAGAAUCACUUUUGUAACAUUUUUCUUUAAGAAGCGGUCGUUUGCAUUUGCAUGCUAGACUGGCUCUUUCAAGCCACGGAACAUAAAGCAGAUUCCUUUGCACGUGA